AUGACGUCUUCUGUGUCUCGGCAGCCAUGCUCCACCAAAGGGGGCUUCAGCUCCAACCCUGCCAGUGCAGGGGGCAGGUCCCCAGCUCGCACCAGCUUCAGCUCGGUGAUGGUGUCCCAGAGCCGUGGCAGUGGUGAGCAAUCCCACUGUGACGCCAGCAUGGGCAGCUUUGGCAGCCGGAGCCUCUAUAACUUGGGAGGCAGCAAGAGCAUUUCGGUCAGCGUGGCUAGAAAGGCCUCAGUGGGGUGGUCCCUGGGGGACCUUGGCCUUGGUGGCAGGGCUUACCCUGGCCUGGGGGCUGGCAGGCAGACAUUUGGGCCCACCUGUCCUCCUGGAGGCAUCCAGGAGGUCACUGUCAACCAGAGCCUGCUGACCCCUCUCAACGUGGAGAUAGACCCGGAGAUCCAGCGGGUGCGCACCCAGGAGCAUGAGCAGAUCAAGACCCUCAACAACAAGUUUGCCUCCUUCAUUGACAAGGUGGGCUCAGGUGGAAGGAGGUACGAGGAUGAAAUUAACAAGCGCACUGCUGCAGAGAACGAAUUUGUGGUGCUCAAGAAGGACGUGGAUGCUGCAUACAUGAACAAAAUGGAUCUACAGGGCAAAGAGGUCUCCUUUACCGAGGAGAUCAAAUUCCUGAGACACCUCUAUGAACUGGAGCUGAGCCAAGUGCAGACCCAUGUGUCUGACACCAGCGUCAUCUUGUCCAUGGACAACAACCGCAACCUGGACCUGGACAGCAUCAUUGCUGAGGUCAAGGCCCAGUACGAGCUGAUUUCCCAGAGAAGCAGGGCUGAGGCUGAAGCCUGGUACCAGACCAAGUACAAGGAGCUGCAGGUGACAGCUGGGAAGCAUAAGGACAAUCUGCGGGACACCAAGAACAAGAUUAAUGAGCUCAACCGCACUGUCCAGAGGCUGCACAGUGAGGUAGAUGCAGUCAACAAGCAGGGCCAGCAGCUGCAGACCGCCAUUGUGGAAGCAGAGCAGCGUGGGGACCUGGCGUUAAAGGAUGCUCAGAAGCAGCUUGGGGACCUGGACAUGGCCUUGCACCAGGCAAAGGAGGACCUGGCCCGGCUGCUGCGUGAUUACCAGGCCCUCAUGAGCGUCAAGCUGGCCCUUGAUGUGGAGAUCGCUGCCUACCGCAAGCUGCUGGAGGGCGAGGAGAGCAGGAUGUCUGGAGAAUGUCCGAGUGCAGUCAGCAUUUCGGUGACUGGCAACUCCACCACUGUGUGCAGAGGCAGUGCAGCUGGCUUUGGGGGUGGCAUCUCUCUGGGUGGGAGUGGGGUUGCUGGCAAGGGUGGAUUCAGCACCCAUGUGGGCUACAGCACCGUCAAGGGAGGGCCUGUCUCUGGGAGUACCUCCACCCUGCGGAAGACCACCACAGUCAAGACGUCCAGCCAGAGGUAUUAG